AUGGCACCUGUGCCUCCCUCGGGUUCCCAACCACAACCACCGCCAACCCAGAACGCAACAAGGGGAGACAGGUGUAACAGUACAUCCUCUGGCGAAGAGAACAUGCAGAUGAUGAAUCAAUCGAUCCCUCCGCCUGCUAGUAUGGAACUAGAGUCCCUUUCGGGUGAUGGAACACAUUAUCAAGCCCUUGUAUACCUCAAGUCACAAGCACCCUUUGAUAAUUGGCUACAACACCACUCCGACUUCGCGUCCGGUGGUGUGCAGGUCCUCAUCCGACCCGACUUCACAUAG